AUGCCGGAGAAUGCUUUGAAAAAGGUGGAAAAGGAAACAGCAGUUGCAGAUGCAACAGUCGCGGACGCAACAGUCAUGAAUGCAACAGUUGCAGACACAGCAGGAACAGCAGUUACAGAUGCAGCAGUAGCAGUUGCAGAUGCAACAGUUGUGAACACAGAACCAAGAUUGAAAGAGAUCAGCCACACACGCACAAAAGCUAAUGAGUUACUCCUGAACUGA